AUGCCAGUGCCGGAAUUACAAUCGCCCACCAGUGAGAUGGUGUUGUUAACACCAAAUCAAGAAACAGCUCCUCCAAUUGGCUUGACAUCGAAAUCUCAAGGAGCUGGCAGUGGUGAUAAUCAUGACAAACGUGGCGAAUCAGUGGAAAGCAAUGACAGUCGAGUUCAGAUGAAAAAACGUUUGGGUCUAUUGGAAGGAGUGGCCAUUAUAUUGGGUAUCAUUUUCGGUUCGGGUAUUUUUAUAUCACCCAAAGGUGUCAUUCAGCAAGUAGAGACCGUUGGAACUUCAUUGAUUAUUUGGAUUUUAUGUGGCCUGUUGUCGAUGAUUGGCGCCCUUUGCUAUGCCGAAUUGGGUACAUCAAUUCCACAAUCUGGUGGUGAUUAUGCAUAUAUAUUGGAAGCCUAUGGUUCUUUGCCCGCAUUUCUGUAUCUUUGGGAUGCAAUGAUGAUAUUUGUACCAACAACAAAUGCAAUUAUGGGUCUAACAUUUGCCUCGUAUGUUCUGCAACCAUUCUUUGAUGCUGAUUGUGAAAUACCAACUGCUGCCAAACAAUUGUUAGCAGCCGCUACAAUUUGCUUCCUAACCUAUUUAAAUUCCUCUUACAUGAAGGUUACAACAAAAAUGCAAAAUAUUAUUAUGUUCACAAAGAUUGCGGCAUUGGUUUUGAUUAUUAUUAUCGGUUUGACAUGGAUGUUUAUGGGUCACGUUGAAAACUUUACAGAUGCCUUUGCCAAUACAGAAACCGAUCCUGGCAAAUUAUCAGUUGCAUUUUAUUCGGGUAUAUUUUCUUAUGCCGGCUGGAAUUAUUUGAAUUUCAUGACUGAAGAAUUACGCGAUCCUUACAAGAAUUUACCACGUGCCAUUUAUAUAUCGCUACCUUUGGUGACAAUAAUUUAUGUUUUGGCUAAUAUGGCAUAUUUGGCUGUAUUAAGUGCAUCGGAAAUGAUUGCCUCCGAUGCAAUUGCUGUGACAUUUGGCGACAAAAUAUUGGGUGGUUGGUCAAUUAUUAUUCCCAUGAUGGUGGCAAUCUCUGCCUUUGGUGGCCUUUCAGUUCACAUAAUGACUUCGUCGCGUAUGUGUUUUGUUGGUGCUCGUAACGGUCAUAUGCCGGCCAUAUUGUCUCACAUAAGUGUUAAAAAGUUUACUCCUGUACCAUCGUUAGUUUUUCUGUGUAUAUUGUCAAUUAUUAUGUUGUUGUGCAGUGAUGUCUAUGUGCUAAUCACAUACUGUAGUAUUGUGGAAUCUUUCUUUAUUAUGUUGUCAGUAUCGGCGGUGUUGUAUUUCCGUUAUACCCGACCCAAUCAGGAGAGACCAAUUAAAGUUGCGUUAUGGAUACCCAUAGUGUUUGUAUUGAUUUGUGCCUUUUUGGUUGUUGUGCCAAUAUAUGUAGCACCAUAUGAAGUGGGUAUGGGUGUUCUAAUAACACUUGUUGGAAUUCCAUUCUAUUAUGUUGGUGUUGUUUGGAAAUCUAAACCACAGUGGUUACUGAAUAUGACAGAAUCUCUAACACACAUGUGCCAAAAACUUUUCGAAUCUGCCAAGGAAGAAAAAGAGGACUAA